AGAGAGGAUGAGUGCGGGGAAAGUCACAGGGUUGAUCCCUUUUCAUCUCAUAUGAGAAGUGGCUUCCCUCCUUUUUUUUUUCUUUUUUUUUCCUUUUUGCCUUAUUCCUUUGCCACACCCCUCACAGGUACGGGGCACUUCUACACUCUUUCUUUCUCUGAGGGGAAAAAGAGGUGGGCAUUACACAAACCCCUCAGCGCGGAAGGUGUUCAGUAUCUCAACACAUCAUGAACAGCAGAUCUGCCCUCCUGAUUCUUGCAGCCAUUGUUGGAGCUUGUGCACAGAUUGCAGAUGCCUUAAUUGUACAAAACAAUGAAGCAUCAACAGACGAAUCGGAGGAGACAGAAAGCUACAGGCCAUAUCUCUGCUCACCAUUACCCGCCCCCUUAACCCCAUCUUCUUCAGUUCACGCUCUCAGACCUGCAGAUGUCUCGGCUGUUUACGUCCUGGGGUUGCCACCGUCACACAGGGAGGAAGCAUCCAGAGUGGUCAACAGAGUAGCUGAGUUGCUGUCCAUGUUUAACCCUGAGGGCACCACUCAACAUGUGGAUCAGGACUCACAGCAGCCCAGAAGCUUGUUGCAGGAAGCCGAGGACCUGUCACGUUCCCUUUCACUCCAGGAGACAGAAUGGAAGUUUGUGCUGCUUUAUGUCCCGGCAGAUUCCCUCUGUGCCUGUUCCCCACAUGUGGCUGCAGAUGUUAAAGCUGCUGUGCAGGAGGUGGAAGCAGCUCUGAAGUUGUUGCAGAAACAGGUGCAUCACACUUUAGUUCAUGUUGUGGUCUGGAGUUAUCAAGAAGAAAAGUGUGAAUGUAUGAGCGAUAAUAACAUAAACCGGCGACUACAGACGGCCACUCUCCUGAAAACCCUGCAGGAUUCUCUAAGUGAUGUCUUGGAAAAUCCAAAGUGGCACAAGGAAAAGUCAGACUUCACUGUUGUGCUGCAGUCUACGCCUGCUAUCCUUGACCACAUCUCAGACUCUGACCUUAACCAGUUAGCUCUUCAGCUUUGGACAAACAUGAUCCAGCCAUCGACAGACAGUCGUGCAGAGGUCAUGGACACGAGUGUUACAAGUAUUCCCUGUCCUACCCAGGAACGGCCUUUCCUGCGGACUCAAAAGAACUCCCCCACUGACAGAGAGCUGGAUUCCUCUCCGCUAACAGAAUCUUUUAUGGGAACUGAAAUCAACUGCACUGACCGCAGUCCAUCUCCCCUUACACCCACCUCAGUUCAUGAACUCAGACCUGGAGAUGUUAAAGUGGUGGCGGCAGUAGGAGACUCUUUGACUGCAGCCAAUGGCGCGGGUGCGAAGAAUGAUAACCUUCUGUUAGUGAUUAAUGAGUACAGAGGACUGUCAUGGAGCAUUGGUGGAGAUGGAAACAUUACAACAGUGACCACGCUGCCAAACAUCCUGAAGGAGUUCAACCCAAACCUGACAGGCUUCUCUGAGGGAGUUGGUAACCAGAACACUCCUACAGCCUUCCUCAAUCAGGCUGUGGCAGGAGCCAAGAGUGGCGACAUGGUACAACAGGUGCGCGUCCUGGUGGACAAAAUGAAAAAUGACUCGCGCAUUGAUUUCCAUAACGACUGGAAAGUGAUCACUGUGUUUAUUGGAGGCAACGACAUCUGUGACUUCUGCACAGACAGCGUUUUCUUCUCACCCAGGAACUUCGUCGCUCGCAUUCGCCAAGCUCUGGACAUCCUCCACAGUGAAGUGCCUCGUGCCAUUGUUAACCUGGUGGAGUUGUUGGAAAUGAUACCGCUACGUGACCUGCACAAUGAUCCAUCUCUGGGCUGUCCGACCUGGUUUGUGGGUUUAGUUUGCCCCUGCAUACUGAAGCCUAAAAAGGGGUCAUCAGAACUGGAGAAGGUCAACGACUUCAAUGGAGCCUAUCAGUUCGGUAUGAGAGAGCUGAUCGACUCCGGGCGCUACGACACCCACAACAACUUCACCGUGGUGCUGCAGCCCUUCUUCAGAGAGGUUUUCCUUCCCUUUUUAGAGGACGGCCGGCCUGAUCGCUCGUACUUUUCGCCCGACUGUUUCCAUCUGAGUCAGAAAGCUCACACCCUGAUGGCUCGUGCUCUUUGGAACAACAUGUUAGAGCCGGUGGGCAACAAGACUUUUACACAAGACUUCACCGUUGGCAUCGACUUGAAGUGUCCGUCUCAGAGCAACCCAUUUAUAAGGACUGCCAUCAACAGUAACUACACCUUCCCAGGCCCUCCCCCUACCCCUCCUCCUGUCACAAAUUGGGGAACCGACUUUUCCUGUCAACACACAGCACCGUCCAACACUGUACCCACUUCAGCUCACAGGAUACGACCAGCUGACAUCAAAGUGGUGGCUGCUCUGGGAGACUCCAUUACGGCCGGCUUCGGUGCUAAAGCAAAGAAUCUUCUGCAGCUGAGGACUGAGUACAGAGGGGUGUCGUGGAGCAUUGGAGGAGACAAACAACUUGAGACUGUCACAACGUUACCGAAUAUUCUGAAGAAGUUCAAUCCUAAUAUCAAAGGAGUGUCGAAGGGGCAGGGGAAAAGACAGACUGGCUUUAAUGUGGCUGUAUCAGGAGCUAAAAUAGCAGGAAUCCCAGGGCAGGUCCGACACCUGAUUGAUCUCAUGAAAAAAGACUCUACGAUGGAUUUUCAGAAUGACUGGAAGUUGGUGACCCUCUUUAUCGGAGGCAAUGACCUGUGUCAGUACUGCAAUGACCGUGCCACUUUGUCACCUCAGAACUACAGCCACCACAUGAUGACAAGCUUAGACAUGCUUUAUGAAGAGGUUCCCAGGACGAUUGUCAACGUCUUGGAUAUCCUUGAAAUUGAAGGUCUUCGCAGGAUCAAGAGGGACAGUCUGGGAUGCAAUGUGUUGCAACAGUUCAUCUGCCCGUGCUUCUUGUUGCCUGGAGAGGAUUCCCUCGAGCUGGCAGAAGUAAAACGGAUCAAUCGGGAACUACAGAUUGACACAGAAAAGUUGGUGUACGGAGGUCGCUAUGAUGGCAGGGAGGACUUUGCUGUGGUCGUUCAGCCGUUUUUUAAGAACACCGUUGUUCCUUUGAAUGCUGAUGCCAGACCUGACGACACAUACUUCUCUGAGGACUGUUUCCACUUCAGUGAACGGGGUCAUGCUGACAUGGCUACAGCUCUGUGGAAUAACAUGUUGGAGCCGGUGGGUAAAAAACAGACGUACAACAAUUUCAGAAACAGCAGAGACAGCCUCAAGUGCCCCACCGAGGAGCAUCCUUUCAUCUUCACAAGAGUGAACAGCUUACCCAGUGUGACCACCACCCCAGCACCCGAAUCCGACGGCACAGACAUACCUCACACCUCCCCAGCAUCCAAUACGCACGGCACAGCCCUGCCUUUCCCCCCUGAUUGCACCGACUAUGUGCCUGGAUGGCUCGCUGCUGUGCUGGCCAUAACGGGGCUUCUGAUUGGCUGGGGAGUCACCUGGUUCCUCCUCUCCUGCAGAGCCAAGAGAGGCAACAGAAAGAUGAAUUCUGCAGUAGAGAUGAAGGGAACAGUGUUUUAAAGUGCUGCUUACUGUAGCUUUGGACUGGAAUAUUUAAGGGAAGACAUCAACAUAUUUAAAGAAAGUGUUGAGCAUGAUGAAGCUGUUUUUAUGUAAUGAGACGUGAAGUUUCCUCAGUGCAAAGCAGGAAAAAAUACACCAAUCUCUACUUAACUAAAGCAAUAAAUAAGACGAGCUGUU